CCACUUGACAUGAUGGCUGGCCCUUUCCAGUUUUUUAAGGAUUUUGGGCUCAUCCCCAUCUUCCUCUGUAUCCGAUUUCCUUGCCUUUGCUUCCUUUCAGCUCUUGCCCUUUUAUCAUUUUUUCUUGGGUGAGAAUUCUUGGAAAUGCUAAUGGAAGACCACUCUAAUGAUCGUCUUACUUUUGGGAAGAUGGGAUAUGGAUGCAAGCAUUACAGAAGAAGAUGCAGGAUUAGGGCUCCAUGCUGUAAUGAAGUCUAUGAUUGUCGCCACUGUCACAACGAAGCUGUGAGUACGCUGCGUAACAUUUAUGAUCGGCAUGAGUUAGUCCGGUACGAAGUGAAACAAGUUAUCUGUUCUGUUUGUGACACUGAGCAGCCUGUUGCACGUGUUUGUACAAACUGUGGUGUCAAUAUGGGAGAAUAUUUUUGCGACAUCUGCAAAUUUUACGACGAUGAUAUUGACAAAGGACAGUUUCAUUGUGACGACUGUGGGAUUUGCAGGAUCGGAGGUCGUGAUAACUUCUUUCACUGCAAGAAGUGCGGCUCCUGUUAUUCUGUUAGUUUGCGCGACAAUCACCUGUGCGUGGAGAACUCCAUGAGGCAUCACUGUCCUAUAUGUUAUGAGUAUCUAUUUGACUCCCUGAAAGACACCACUGUCAUGAAAUGUGGACACACCAUGCAUUGUGAAUGUUACCAUGAGCUGAUAAAGCGUGAAAAGUACUGCUGCCCAAUAUGCUCCAGGUCGAUCAUGGACAUGUCGAGAACCUGGAAGAGAAUAGAUGAGGAGAUUGAAGCAACAGUCAUGCCAGAUGAAUAUAGAAACAAGAAGGUUUGGAUUCUUUGCAACGACUGCAAUGAUACUACUGAAGUUUACUUCCACAUAAUCGGUCAGAAGUGCGGCCACUGCGAAUCAUACAACACGCGAACGAUUGCCCCUCCAGUUCUUCCUCAGUAAGCAGUUUUUACAUCAUGGAUCAAAUUAUUUGGGCUGGUGCACCAGAAAGCUGGUGCAACCACCCGGAAACAAGGAAGGGAUCUUUUGUUGCAUUGUGAUCGAUAUCAUUGUUUUUCAUUUUAUACACUCCACAUGAUUGAAAUAUGUAAAAUUUAAAACCAGUGCACUGUGAUUCUUGUGGUGUACAAAUUUUUCUUAGGGAUAUCCUUCUAUAUAUUGGUAUCAAAAGCUUCCUGGCUUGUUCAUUC